UUGGACGGGGCGGAGUCAGACCCUGGAAACUGUUGAUUUACUAAUGAUAACCUACUGACGAGGAAGCGUCACCUCAGUGUACUAUUAAACUACUUUAUUUAGCUAACGAACGGACAUUUAUUAACUUUCGCCUGGUUUCCGUGUUCCGAACUGAGGAGGUCAAAAUGUCUACAAUGGACUUGGAGAAGCUGAAGAUGUCGGGAGCUGGUCGAGCCAUGGCAGUGUUGACCAGCGGUGGAGAUGCACAAGGGAUGAAUGCUGCUGUCCGAGCCGUGACCAGGAUGGGCAUCUAUGUGGGGGCCCAGGUCUAUCUUAUUUAUGAGGGGUAUCAGGGCCUGGUGGAUGGGGGAGACAACAUCAAACUGGCACACUGGCACAGUGUGACCAACAUCAUCCAACUGGGUGGGACUGUGAUAGGUAGUGCCCGAUGUAAGCCCUUCACAUCUCGUGAGGGCAGGCUUGCUGCCGCCUUCAACCUGGUGAAGAAAGGCAUCACCAACCUCUGUGUGUGUGGCGGAGACGGCAGCCUCACCGGAGCCAACAUCUUUCGCAAUGAGUGGAGCGGUCUGCUGGAUGAACUCGUGCGGAAAGGAAGGAUCACAGACACUCUGGCCAGGCAGCAUGACCACCUGAACAUCGUGGGGCUUGUGGGCUCCAUCGACAACGACUUCUGCGGCACUGACAUGACCAUCGGAGCAGACUCUGCACUGCAUCGCAUCAUGGAGAUAAUUGAUGCUAUCAUGACCACCGCACAAAGCCACCAGCGCACUUUUGUUCUGGAAGUCAUGGGGCGACACUGUGGAUAUCUGGCCUUGGUGUCAGCUCUGGCAUCUGGGGCAGACUGGCUCUUCAUUCCAGAGGCCCCUCCUCAUGAGGGCUGGGAGGACCUGAUGUGCUCCCGUCUUGAGUCGAGCCGCAUAAAGGGGUCCAGACUCAACAUAAUAAUCAUGGCAGAAGGAGCCAUCGACAUAAAUGGCAAGCCCAUCUCCUCUACUUACGUAAAAGAUCUGGUGGUAAAGAGGCUGGGUUAUGAUACCAGAGUGACCGUGCUCGGACAUGUUCAGCGAGGAGGAACUCCCUCUGCGUUUGACAGAAUACUGAGCACUAAGUUAGGUGUGGAGGCAGUGAUUGCCCUGAUGGAGGCCUCUCCUGACACCCCAGCCUGUGCCAUCGGCCUGUCAGGGAACCACGCUGUUCGUCUGCCUCUAAUGGAGUGUGUGGAGAUGACUAAGUUGGUGCAGAAGGCCAUGAACGAGAAGAGGUUUGAUGAGGCAGUCAAACUGCGUGGAGGGAGCUUUGAGAACAACUGGAACAUCUACAAGCUUCUUGCCUUCCAGAAGCCCGCCCAAAUUAAGAGCAAUUUCUCCUUGGCUAUCCUGAACGUGGGAGCUCCAGCUGCAGGGAUGAAUGCAGCGGUGAGGUCUGCAGCUAGGAGAGCGCUCGCUCAAGGACACAAAGUCUACGCUGUCCAUGAUGGCUUUCAAGGACUUGCCUUUGGACAGAUUUUUGAGAUGGAAUGGCUCAGUGUGGCGGGAUGGACGGGCCAAGGGGGCUCACUGCUGGGGACAAAACGAACUCUUCCAAACAAACACAUGGGGAAGAUCGUAGAAAACAUUGCCAAGUACAGCAUCUCAGCUCUGCUCGUAAUCGGAGGAUUUGAGGCGUACGCAGGUGUGCUGCAGCUGUUUGAAGCCCGGGGUCACUAUGAUGAGCUCUGCAUCCCCAUGUGUGUAAUCCCUGCUACCAUCAGCAACAACGUCCCUGGAACUGACUUCAGCCUGGGAGCAGACACGGCUGUCAACGCUGCCAUGGAGGGUUGCGACAAGAUCAAGCAGUCUGCCUCUGGGACCAAGAGACGAGUGUUUGUGGUGGAGACGAUGGGUGGGUACUGUGGAUAUCUGGCAACCUGCACUGGUAUAGCUGUGGGUGCUGACGCAGCCUACAUCUUUGAAGACCCCUUCAACAUCCACGACCUGAAGACAAAUGUGGAGCAUUUGACUGAAAAGAUGAAGAAGGACAUCCAGCGGGGUCUAAUAUUGAGGAAUGAAAACGCCCAUGCAAACUACACCACAGAUUUCAUCCAUAGGCUGUAUUCAGCAGAGGGGAAGGGCAUCUUUGACUGCAGAGUCAACAUAUUGGGACACCUUCAGCAGGGAGGAGCACCAUCUCCUUUUGAUAGAAAUUAUGGCACUAAGUUGGGUGUGAGGGCAAUCCAGUGGCUGUCAGAGAGGUUGACUGAAAACUUCCGACAAGGCCGCGUGUUCGCCAACUCACCAGAUACAGCAUGUGUCCUUGGCCUCAGCAGGAAGGUCAUCAAGUUCAGCCCCGUCACUGAACUGAAGGAAGUGACUGACUUUGAGCACCGGAUGCCCAAGGUCCAGUGGUGGUUUAACCUUCGGCCAAUGCUUAAAAUGUUGGCCAAGUACCAAACCAGCUUCACUGAGUAUGUGCCAGGGGAGAUAGAGCACGUGACACGACGUUCCAUCAGCAUCGACGCUGGGUUCUAGGCUCUUUAACGCUACAGUGCACACUGCACUUUUUAACCUUUAUCUGUCCAUCCUUUGUUUCUUUGCAGAAUGCAUACUCAGAGGAAUACUUCACCCAGAAAGUGAUCCUUUGUAUAUCAAUUACUCACCGCCGAUUUACCUUGAAUUCUAAAAGAAAACUUUGUUUUUCUUGCAUGCCUCAACAACGAAUGAGGAAUCCAAAAACGGUGAACAAUCUCGAUGAAUUCAAAUAAAUGGGGGCUGCAUUUAACAUCAGCAAAACUAUAUCAAGACGUCUGUUUACAAGCUCUAACAACUCAUGCAGUCCAAGUCUCAUUUAUCCAGUUGUGUGCUCAGUACUUAACAAACACAUGCAUUUUUGCUACAUUAUUUAAUACUUAGACGAGGAGCGCACGCACUUGCCUAAGCGCACUCCUUGUUUGCAGAAAUGUUUUAAAUAGUAAGGUUUUAGUGAGAAUUUGGGAAUUAUUGAGCAUACGACUGGAUAAAUUAGUCUUGGAUUACACUGCAUGAGUUGUGUGAGAAUUUGUAAAGAUGUUUUGAUAUAGUUAUACUGUUGUUAAACAAAGCCCCCCUUCAAUUCACUGAGAAUGUUCACCGUUUUUGGAUUCUUUAUUCAUUGUAGAGGUUGGAAAGAAAAAUGAAGUCAUCUUCACAAAUCCAGUGUAACACAGGGUGAGUAAUUGUUAUAUAAAUCAUCAUUUUGUGGGUGAAGUAUUCCUCAAUGAAUGGUUUUAAAUUCGGUGCUAUGUACGUUUACAGGACUGAAGACUUUUAAAGCCAACAUUGAUCUCAGUCUUGACAGUGUCAAAGAAGCUACUGUAUGUUUAAUAAUGUAAAAAAAGUACUUCAGGUAUUCAUUUGUUGCAUUCAGUAGAGAUUUGCUACUCCUUGUGUCAAGUGAGCCUCUGUGUAUUUAA